AUGGCUCAUACCGACGAGCGGCUUAAGAUCUCGGUCGCACAAAAAAAGGCCAUUCGGGCCUUUUACCGGGCCCAGGAGCCGCGCCUGGGUCACAAACACGUACGGGCAUGGUUUAAACGAGAAUAUAACAUUGAAUUGCCCUUCUCCACAAUCUCCAAUAUCCUCUCAUCUAAAUUCGACCAUCUCGACACUCUUGGUGCAGACUAUGACGAUAACAAGCGAUGCCGACCACCAAAGUACCCGGACCUUGAAAUAGCACUGACUGAGUGCAUUCUACGUACAAAAGCCAUGGGCACAGAUGUCUCUGGGUCAACUCUACUUAACCUGGCUUAUGCUUUAUGGCCUCAUAUUCCUAAGUACCAAGGCCAACCAUGCCCCUCUCUUUCUGGAGGUUGGGUCGAAAAGUUUAAGCUACGACAUAGUAUUAAGGCUCUUUCCCAGGUAGGCGAAGCAGCGUCUCUCUACCCGACACCAUUACCAGGGAAUGCCUUUUAUGCUAAACAUGCUUCUGCAAGAAACGCAGCAGCGGCAGCAGCGGCAGCAGCGGCAGCGGCAGCAGCUUCAGCAAUGGCUGGGCCUGGGGGGUCUACAAAUGCCACAGCUGCUGCUAUGUCUGCAGACCUCUACAAUUAUCAACAACAACAACAACAACAACAGCAACUCAACCAAGGAAGCAAUAACGGAAGCUAUCACCGACGCUCCGAAUCCUACACCCAUGGGCUAUAUGCCCCUGGAUUACCACCAGGACCAAGUCAACAAAACCCUCAUCUGCGCUCACACUCCAUUUCAAUCCCAGUAUCUUCUCCUUCAUCAUCGCCAUCUUCUUCUUCAACCUUUUUCCCACGUUUUGCAGGCCCAAUAUCAUCAUCUUCUUCUUCUUCAGCUGCAACAGCUGCUGCAGGACCAUCGUCAUCAUCAUCAUCAUCAUCAACAUCAACAACAACACCUUCCGCGCACUAUCUCUCGCAAUCUUCUCAUACAGCCGCCGUAUCUCGCAAGGCUCAUGAAGAGGCUCAACGCCAACUCGAACUCCUUCGCUCAGAUAUUGCCCGGUACUAUGGGCCAGACAAUGUUUUUUCCAUGACAGAAACAAUUCUGGCCUAUAGAGCUCCACCAACUCAACGAGCCUUGGAUUCUGCAACUGCCACCCGUGAUACUCCAGGAACCCUCACCGUCAUGCUUGCUUCUAAUGCUUCAGGUACGGAGCGCCUCCCACCUUGGGUCAUUGGCCAACAACAGUAUCCUCAGAAAUAUGUCAACCCAGUGGCUGCUGCGGCUGCUGCUGCAGCAGCAGCUGCUACUGGACAAGAUCCAUUGGGUGAAGGUGCAGCGGCCGCAGGUGGUCCCAUAGUAGGAGGAAUUCUAGACCCUGAUAACAGAGCAAACACUCACCAACUCACAGAAACACGAACAGACUUGCUCUCUCUUGGAGUUGAAUACUCUGCCAACCCACUUGCAUGGCUCACAUUGGCAGACUUUAAGCAAUGGCUUGAAUGGUUUGACUCUCGAAUGGCUGGCCGACAGGUACUACUUAUUCUUGACCCAUUCAAGUGCCACGAAGUUGGGCUCCGUUUAUAUAUGCACGAACAGCGACAGCGCCAAACCACUCCAUUGUUCAAAAUAGAAGACAACGAGUUCCUCCCACAUAAUACCGUGGGUCCUAAGAAUGUCAAGAUUGUGUUUUUGCCAGGCAACGUGGCUGCAGAGCACUCGCCUAUUGACCUUGGACCAAUCCAAACCUUUAAAGCAAAUUACCGCGCAUUGAUGUUGCAUUUUGUCAAAGAUCUUUUUAGUACAGUCAGCAACAGCGAAGAGAGUACAGUAGCAGCGGCAGCAGCAGCAGCAGCAACAUCAACAACAACAGGGAACCCAACGCCACCAGGACCCGAUGGAAUUGGAGAUCUCUUAGACUCUGCCAUGGACUCACUCUGGUUCCUCCCAUUGAUAGCUGUGCUUAACUGGAUCCAAGAAGCUUGGACGAAUGUACCUUCUGGCGUGCUGUGCGAUGCCUGGCAGCGCUCGGGGUUGCUACUGGCUGAUGACGCAAUUGGCUCUGCUAGGGGUUCUUCUUCCUCCUCUUCCUCCUCCUCCUCCUUAGCUGUCGCCACCACUGCCAAUACUACCAUCACCUCUGCCGCAUACUACUACCCGGCAGCACAAGCCCCUCACUAUGUUCCACACUUUAUUCUUGAUCAGCUCAAAACCCUCAUCAAUCAACUCCAAACUGUAGCCCCCAACCUCGUGGCUCCAACAUCCGCCCUAAGCCCAGAACUUUUUGUCCACCCAGCUGUUGAGCUUGUCAUUGAGGCCCCACCAGACUUUGUUGAAAUUGCUACGGCCCAAUUCCGCCAGCUUCCUACCCCUCCCUUGUCCCCACAUGCUCCACUGCUCCCAGAAGAAGAAUUGGCUUUGGCUUUGAGGGCAGUGGACUUGGCCAUUCAGCGUGAACAAAACUUUAGGAAACGCAGCCUUCAGAAUUAUUAUCAUACUUCUAACCAGUUGAAUAUGGGGCUGGAAGAACCCAACCAGCGCUUGAUUUAUGCACUUUCUAAACACCGUGAGGAGAUUGAGGCCAAAAUGGGACAAACAGCACCUGGACGAGCUCUUUCCCCAGCAGGCCCACCACCAGGACUUGUUGCACCACCCCCUAUGGCUACUUCCAUGCUACAUCCAGCAGGACCUUCUGCUGGGCUAUUGAUGGGACCCCUUGUGGGCCCCGCAGAAGGUCAUUCGCUUACACCAUACUCUGCAGCGUUGACUUCAUUACAAAACCAGCAACUGCAACAGUCUUCAGUAUUGUUGUCCACGGGAUCAACAGCAGCUGGUAGUAGCAGCACUAGUUCAGGGACUAACCCAAACCAUAACCACCACCGCAGCCUCAGCAUGUCCUCGCCAAUGUCUUCCGUCUUUGGCAAUAAUUACAUGUAUCCAAUCAACAGUAGUUCCAGCGGAGGAGUACCAAUGACCCCAGGGUCUUUGUCGUCGUCAUCAUCUUCUUCAUUAUCAUCUGCAGACUCUGCUGAAUCGCCUAAGCGCAGGCGCACUAGCAGCUCCAGUACCAGCAGACACGUUCGCGUGGGGAGCUUUGGCGGAUCAACAAGUAAUAGCAGUAAUGGAAGCUCCGUGGCUCGGGGCCGCCAAUCAAGUGUGCCGUCAUCUUCGUCCUUGUAUUUGACUAGUCCUGUCAUGUUUGGAGGACCAGCAAGCCCUGGAAUGGCUCCACCAGGGUUUGGCAGUGGAUCUGGCAGUGGUGGAGCACUGAGCCGCACAAAUAGUGUCAGCAGUAUUGCGAGUAAUUUGAGCACAAGCACCACAGCCAGUAGCAUGACUAGCAUUGCCAGUAAUUCCCAGAUUGCUCCCUUAUCAAGUCAUUCUUCUUCAUCUUCGUCGUCGUCACAGUCUGCUGCAGUUGCUGCGGCGGCUGCAGCUGGGUUCUCAUUCUCAAUGCCGACUAAUUUCAUUGGAUCUCCAGGACCAUCUGCUACAAUGCACAUGGCAGGAUUUAGCGGAAAUAGUUUGGCAUCGCCUACAUCACCGACUGGGAUUUAUUAUACUGGGGGGAGUAGUGGUAGCAGUAGUGGUACUGCGAGUAGCAGCGGGACAAACAGCACUGAUAAUUCUGCGCGCAGUUCUUUAUCUGCAUAUGGUCCUGGGUCGUCAGUCAUGUCAAUGAUGUCGUUGAGUGGUGUGUCUAGUAGUGGAGGGCCUGGAAACAGUAGUGGCAGUAAUGAUGGUGGUGUAGGGAACGGACCAGGAUCAACAACACCUACUGUAACGGCUACAACGAGCGGGCUUUCAAGCUUACCAUCUGCAGCAUCUGGGCAGUACCAUAGCACUUUGACUAAUACGACAUAUGGAGGGCUAGGUAGCAGUGGAAGUAACGGUAAUGGCAGUGGUGGGAAUAACGCCAGUAGCAGUGGAAGCAGCAGUGGUGGCAACAGUGGUGCAGGGCCUGGGAAUCUUGGGACUUCAUCAUCCUCAUCAUCAUCAUCAUCAGCAUCAACAAACAAUGGAUAUAAUCGGAAUCGGACAUCAAUUGUGACGGCGUUUAGUUCGUUGCUAAAUUCUCCACCUAGUCAAGGGUUGUCGUCACCCACAGGAUACUCCAUGGGACCGUCGUACUUGGAGCCUGGUGGGUAUAAUGGUGGUGGCAGCAAUAGCAAUAACAAUAGCAACAGCAACAGCAACAGCAACAGUAACAGUAACAGCGGUAGUAAUGCAGGAGCUUAUUCAUCGUCAUCUUCGUCUUCCUCAUCAUCAUCUUCUUCUUCAAUGUCUGCGUCUGCUUCCAAUAGCAGUGGCGGUGGCAGUAGUAGCGGCAAUAGUAGUGGGUAUUCUGGGUACCCUGGAUAUUCUGGAUAUUCUGGAUACUCUGGAUAUUCUGGAUACUCUGGAUACUCUGGAUACUCUGGAUAUUCUACGACUUCUGGUGGAUAUAGUGGUGGGUAUGGCAACAGCAGUGGAUAUUAUGGUGGUGGUUUAGGGUCUGGGUCUAAUGGAGGUGGAGGAGCAUCAGGUUCUGGUUCUGGAUCAGGUUCAGGUUCUGGAUCAGGUUCAGGUUCGGGAUUAGGAUCCGGAUCGGCGUCUUCUGUUUUAUCAUUAUCGACAUUAUCAUCGUAUACUCUUGGAGGUGGAAGCGAUGUAAGUGGAGAGAAUGAGAGCGGAAUAGGACGUGGUGGUGGAGAGAAUGGAAGUGGCCGAAGACACAGGUCAGAUGGAGGUGGAGUUCCUCCCUAUUCCCAUCAUCCUGGACCGUGA